AUGGCUCUUGUUUUGAGAUAUGUUGAUAAAAAGGGUGAAGUAGUGGAACAAUUUAUCGGUCUUGUCCAUGUUAGUGAUACAUCGGCUUGCUCAUUGAAGAAAGAAAUUUAUUCUUUGCUUUCCGAUCAUUCACUAAGUCCAUCCAAAAUACGUGGGCAAGGUUAUGAUGGAGCUAGUAAUAUGAAGGGAGAGAUAAAUGAUCUCAAAACUUUAAUUAUGAAAGAUAGUCCUUCGGCAUAUUAUAUUAAUUAUUUUGCACAUCAAUUGCAACUAACACGUGUAGCUAUUGCUAAAAAAUAUGUGGAAGUUGAAGACUUUUUUUAUCAUGUUACUAAUAUGUUGAAUGUUGUUGGAGGAUAUUUUAAACGUCGAGAUUUACUUCGUCAUUACCAAACUAAAAAUUUGAAGCAAUUACUUGAGUCCGGUGAAGCUCAUAUCGGACAAGGAUUAAAUCAAGAGUGUGGGCUUCAAAGACCGGUCAUUGAUGUGCAACUUCAAGAGCUUAAUGAGCGUUUUGCUGUAGUGAGUAGUGAUUUGCUUCUUGGGAUGGGUAGCUUGAAUCCUGUCAAUUCUUUUUCUAACUUUGACAAAGGUAGAAUCAUGACUUUAGCAAAGUGUUAUCUAAAUGAGUUUAAUGAUGGAAAGCUUCGAGCUUUGAGUUACCAACUUGAUACCUUCAUAAUUCAUAUGUGA